UAUCAUAAGGAGUUCAGUCGUUACCUGUUCACACACCUAGCAGUACGUCAAAAUGGGUGAAUACCGCGCGGGGAAAGCAGGAAUCAACGCUGAGGCUCAGGCCAGGAUCAACAGUAAAUACAACGAUGCUAUAGCCCACGAGACCCUCGAAUGGAUAAAGUUGCUGACCGGCUCCCCGGCCAACACAGCGGGUGAUGCGGGAAACUUCUACGAGGUAUUGAAAGAUGGCACGCUCCUAUGUCAACUUGUGAACGCAAUACAGGAAGGCUCAGUGAAAAAGGUCAACCAGUCCACAAUGGCUUUCAAGUGCAUGGAAAAUAUCAACUCUUUCCUGGAAGCCGCCAAGAAGUUGGGAGUGCCUCCCCAGGAGACGUUCCAAACUAUUGAUCUCUGGGAGAAGCAGAAUCUUUAUUCUGUUGUAACGUGCUUGCAGUCACUAGGCAGGAAGGCCGGUAACUACGGCAAGCCGUCGAUCGGGCCCAAAGAAGCUAACAAGAACGUCCGGGAGUUCACUGAGGAGCAGUUGAGAGCUGGUCAGAACGUCAUUUCGCUCCAGUACGGUACAAAUAAAGGCCAGCAGAGCGGCAUAUCCUUCGGUAACACUCGUCAUAUGUAGUACUAAGUAUAAUAUGUUGUAACUUAUAUUUUUAAAGUAAUAAAUGUUUGUAUUUUUAUAUAUUU